CUAGAGUAAAGCACGGUUUGCCAAAUUAGCUAGCGAACCGCGGCUUACUAAAAUUUCUCUCUCCUCUCCUCUUUCUCUCUCUAAAAAAAGACUCACACUUUCUCUCUCUUAAAACCAACAAAAAUGGCGGCAAGAAGAUCAAGCGGACCAGUCCUAAGGUCUCACUCACCAUCAGGAAGAUUCGGUUCCAAUACGACAUCGUCUUCUGCUUCAGUAUUUGCUUCUUCAACCUCGAGUACUUUCACUUCUCGAAGCUUCCUUCAACGUUCAGCUUCUCCUACUCGCGUCAACCUGUAUUCCACCGGUUCAUCGCCGUCGUCAGCGGUCCGGUUUAAUUCCGGUUCAGUUUCACCCAACCGUUCGAUUUCAACUCAGUCGGUGCGACGUCAACCGUCGACUACCGGUCAGAAGAAGAGCUGUAUGUGUUCGCCGACGAAUCAUCCCGGUUCAUUCAGGUGUAGUCUUCACAAAAAUGCUCCGAGCCGGAAUGCUUCGGUUCAGCCGUACCAGUCGAACCGGCUCUUCGCUCGGCGGUCCGCGAUGACGAACUCGUUGGUUAGAAUCGGAACUGUUGAAGGUGACUUGGUGAAACGAGCUUUGGCUGCUUUGAUUCGUCCUUCUUCACAUCAACAAAAAAGAAGAGGUGAUUUUCAGCCUAGAAAAAGCAGGUUAUCAAUGGUGUCUGUUGCGUAAAAUUUGCAAUUGAAUUAGAGUUAGGGUUAGGGUUUUUUAAUUUUUGGAAAAUUUGGGGGAAAUUUUCUCAGAAUGUUAUAGAUUUUCCGGUGAUGGAAGAAGUUUCGCGAUUCCGGCGAUCGAAGAUGAUUCCAGAAGAAGAAAUUCAGAAGGACAUUGGACAAAUUGAGAAAAUUUGUGUAUAUAUACCAAUAGUAUAGUAUGAUGGCAGUAUAAUUACAGUAUGAUCAUCGAAUUAAGAACAAAAAAAAAUCUUCAAGAAUUUUUGGACAGUUUAACAAGGACUUCUUUAAUUUUAA